CGUUCUCGGUCUCAAGGCCCUACUACAUCAUCUUUAAAACCAUCUGGAACCCCGACCGCCGACCAUGCCAGCGAAAGUAGCCGGUCAUAGGCAAGGCAAUCAUCGCAAGUACAGGCCCAUACGAACUCCGAACCCGCUGUCAUCAACGUUUCAAUGACCUCAUUGCCCGCUCCAAAAGGUCAACGCCCAACUUUUCCAAAUCCAGGAUCUCAAAACUCAAGUUCUCCAAGCCCCAGUUCGCCAACUCCAGGUUCUCCGGGAGGUGAAUUAUUGGCAAAGCAGCCAGCACAAGGCCAAAGCUCAAUGGCAAUCUCCCAUGUGAACCCGUUGUACGACGCAGCCUUCCGAAAACACAUUGAUAAGCUUCGGGAAGAUGAGAAAGAUGCCUUUCUUGAAGCUCGCAAACAUAUCGCGGAGACAAGUCUUCUAAGCGACAUCAAAACAUUGGACGAGGCACACGAACAAACGUCAAACUUUCGAGGACGAACAGGACCCAUCCAGAAGUUCUUUGCUCUGUUGGACCGAUUUCUUGGCGGUGUUUCGAUUGGGACAGGGUGUAGCCCAGAAAUAUCAUCAAUAGUUGUUGGUGGUAUUCGACUAAUAAUCGACCUCGCCAAGAACUUCCUUUCGUUCUUCGACAGACUAUCCGAAAUGCUUUGUCGGUUUGGCGAUUUUCUGGACCCACUGGCAGAAUACGCAAAGUCUGCAAAAGAGAAUGCUUCAAUCCGCGACGCUCUAGAUGCUGUAUACGGUGAUAUCUUGGAAUUUUGUAGGCACGCACGCCGCGUGUUUGUUGACCUCCAUGAGGAGAAGCGGAAGUUUGUGUCCGUCACAGUUUUUUUUAAGUCCUUAUGGGAACCAUUUGAGGAAGAAUUCGGCAACAUAAGGUCGAACAUGGAUCACCACUUGCAAGUGCUUGACCACACUGCCAGCGCGUCAACAACAAACCAAGCCCACUUUCUGUCUUUGAGCGAAAAGGAGAGGAGGGAAAGGGAACAACGCAAAGAAAAAGAAGACUUCCUCAAGUGGAUCUCAUCAACAUCGCAUGAAGAGAGACACAGGGCCGUUUACGAAAAAAGGCAUCCUGGCACAGGCGAUUGGUUUCUUCAAAGGCAAGAGUUUCAGGAGUGGCUCGACAAGCCAAUAUCCUCUCUCCUUUGGUGCCAUGGUAAACUUGGAGCCGGAAAGUCGGUCCUCGCCUCGAAUGUGAUUGAAGCCAUCCUUGAAAAAUAUGCCCCAGACCCGACUGUUGGAAUUUGUUUUGCUUAUUAUGACUAUACCAAAAGCAGCUCUCAAGACUUUGCGCAAAUCGUUUUGUCGCUCAUUAAGCAAUUGUGUCAGAAAUCAACUAUCCCGGAUGCCUUUAUGAACGCAAAACGGAAUGCCGAUCCUCCUUCCGCUAUAGGAGAUCAACACCAUUUUUCGAUGAGCGCACAAAAUUUCAAAGAAUUGUUUAUUUUGAUCGACGCACUCGACGAAUGCCCCAAAGAAGAGCGGUCCAAAACUUUCAGGUUCAUUAAAGAAGCACUGAACAAAACUCCACUGGUACAAACAAGAAUAUUUGUCACAAGCAGGAGGGAAUCCGACAUCAACUUGGAACUCGAAAACCUUAGAGCACCAACAAUUCAACUCGAAGCCCAGAAUGUGGCUGCAGACGUCGAGGCGUAUGUUCGUAGCGAAGUACAGAGUCUACGGUCCGGCCUAGACGGAAAGAAGCUUUAUGUCGCAGAUGAACGGCUCGUACAGAAAAUUAUCAGUACUCUGACCGAGAAAGCUGAUGGAAUGUUUCUGUGGGUAAAUCUCCAGCUGCGGCACUUGUGCGAAAGCAGCGAGAGGAGAAAGGAUAAAUAUGUGAAAGAAGCACUUGGCAAACUCCCUUCUGGCCUAGACAACACGUACCGCAAAAUAUGGCAACAGAUUCAAGAUUCCAACGAAUCCAUGAAGGAACUCGCUCUUAGGAGCCUUGCAUGGGUUUUCUAUGCCCAACGUCCUUUGACAAUCAGAGAGUUUUGUUCCGCUGUCGCGGUUACCGAGGCGAGUAUGAAUACCAAAGAGCCAAAGCCAGAACCGGAAAACUGGGAAGCAAUUCGUUCGGCGUGUGCAAACCUCAUCGAGCUGGAAGACGGACCUUUGUUACCAUCCCGGUACCAAAUUUCAUUCCAAUCACGUGUUGAAUUAGUUCGGCCUAUUCAUUAUUCAGUCCAAGAGUUCUUUACCAAGGCCGCUCAAUCGGAAUCCGGCAUAUUCCAAUGUUUCUACCAACCCCACGUCCAGCAAAUUCUUGCAACCUCUUGCAUCAACGAGUUGCAGUUUAUGCCAUCGUACAUUCCCGCGCAUGAUGCAUACGACUUCAUUUACAAGCUAGAAACUGCUCCAUUCCUAUGAGGCUCACCCACCUCAUAAGUCUUGGGCCUGAUUUUACAAGCUCCGUACAACAAUUGCGAUCUUUAAAGGGCGAACAACAAAACAUCUAUUUCCCAGACA